AACAUACCAAUAAAGAUUAGCGACUGAAAAUCUUUAAGUAUCGAAUAUAUUGAAGUUUGCAGCGACAAAGAAAUUAACUAUUAUUUUAUCACAAGUGUGGAGGGCAGAGAUGAUCAUUUUUAGUUAAUUUCGAGUUAAAAAGUAUUUUACAAGAUAUAAAUACACAAUUAUGUCUAACAAUAAUAUUACUUUGCCAAAAGCUCCAAAAGAUCUGUGCUUUUCUGAGCUUGAUUUUAUACAGGAUAAUUUUGAUGUUGAUGCUUUUUUGCAAGAGCAUAGAAAAAAUGGCAAGCUUGAGACAAUGCGUGAUGAUCUUGGCAUGUACUUGAAACUAUUGAGAUCUGCCAUGAUUGAUCUAAUUAAUAGGGAUUAUACAGAUUUUGUGAACCUAUCCAGUAAUUUAAUUGGUCUGGAUAAAGCUAUUAAUGAUUUGCAAUCACCGCUAGGACAGCUGAGAGAAGAAAUUAUGCAAGUAUGGCAAGCCUUGGAUGAUGAAAUUAUAGCUAUUUCAACUAAUUUAAAUGACAAUCUGAAAAUCAGAGAACGUAAACAAAGUUUAAACAGUUUACAAUAUGUAUACAAAUCACUGAAGAAGCUUUCUUCCAUAUUAUCUAUGAAAACAUUUAUGGAACAUCCUACUAAGAUUGAUAUUUUAGAACAAGCAGCAAUUGAAGUGAAUCAAUUAAAAUUUCAUACAUCUAGGUGCAAAUUAGAUAUCUCAGUGGAUCAAGAAAAGGAAAGCACUGAAUUAGAAAACUUAUAUUUAACUUGCCUGAAUGAGUUAUUCUUAGCAUGUAUACAGGAAAAGAAUUCAAAUUUGACGAUUCGUUGCCUUAGAAUUUAUGUUACACUUGACAAAAUAUCAAGUACUGAGGAAUUAGUGAGAUAUGAAUUGAUAAGACCAUUAAUUUAUAAUAUGAUUAAUGAAGAGAAUCUUCAAACUGAUCCACUUGGUCUACAAAGUAUUUAUCACAAGCUACUAAACAUUCUAAAUGUAGAAUUGAAACAACUAUUAGAUAUUACUCUAUAUUCUGACAGAAUAUCUGUGAAAGGAUUUAAUUUUUUGGUGAAUAGCUUUUGGGUUGAAGUCGAGGAAAAAAUUGAGCAAUAUAUAAAAUCUAUUUUUGCUCCUGGAGAUCCAGUAUUGUUUCAUAAGAGAUAUACAGCUACGUUAGAAUUUUUAACAAAAUUAGAAAUGGAAUGUGUCACAUCUGAAACUUUAGCAGCAUUGAGGAAUCAUCCACAAUAUAAAGGUUUUCUUAAGAAAUGGAAUUUACCAGUAUAUUUUCAAAUUCGAUUUCAAGAAAUAGCUGGAUACGUGGAAACAAUAUUAACCGAAGCAGUAUCACCAGAUUCAGUCAAGGGUAGUCUGACUUCACUGAUACAAAAAGAUUUUUCACUUCAUGCAACUUGCAUAAUUUGGGAUAAUUUACUAAGAAUUUGGGCUGAUGAUAUCUACUUGUACCAAUUAUUUCACAAGUUUUGGAAACUCAGCCUUCAAAUUUGUUCGAGAUAUCAGACUUGGUGUCAAAAUGCAAUAAAACAAGUAUGGCCUGUAAUAAAUGAAACUAACAAUUCAAAUGACUUUGAGCAUUCUACAAGAUUGAGUUUUCUAGUAUAUUUAUACACUGAUAUAGAGAAACUAGUAAAUGCAUUGCCAUCCUUCUUACAAAUGGUAAAAUACAAAAUUAAAGAUGGGAAUGCUACUAUAUUUAAAUUAUUAGAAGACUCUCUGAGUGAGACAUCUAAAAGUCUAGUAAAUUUUUUACCAUCAGUUACAAGAGAGGUUGUGAAUGAGCUCUCGGAACAAUGUAUAAUACACUUGAAACAAGUCAGUGACAUUCCUAGAUUAUUUAGAAGGACGAAACGAGAUGUACCGACUAAACCUUGUUCUUAUGUAAAAAAUGCAAUAGUUCCUCUUACCAAUUUCCAUGUAGAUUAUAAUAAGAUCAUUCCCGAAACUAUUGGUCACUGGUUAGAAUUAACGUUGUCAUCGCUAACAGAAAGUUAUUUGCUAUUUGUUACGGAUGUAUUAACAUCCGUACAAAAAACUGAAGAGAGUUUAAGAAGAUUGAAGAAAAUUCGCGACAAAACUACCGGGAUUCUUUCUUCAGAAUCACAAGGAACUAGCGACGACGAAAAGAUACAUAUUCAACUUAAAGUGGACGUAAAUGGUUACGCAAAUAUGAUCGAAGAUCUUAACAUUUCUACUACUAAUAUACAUCAUCUGCAAGACCUGAUAGAUGCUGUAGAAGCAGCUAUGAAAAAAUGAUGAUUUUCAAUUAUAUUACAACAUGUGAUUCAAUAAUGGAUCAAUAACAACGCCACUGUUUUGUCAAUAAUCAACGCUAUUACGUGGACAUAUUGCAAUGAUACGUUAACUUGAAUGAAUGAUAUUCAUCCAAACUUUAUAUCCUGGAUGAAUGACAUACAUCCAAACUUUAUAUCUAGCUAUACAUACGUGAGAUUUUAUUUUGAAGUAUUACACAUAUUUUUCUUAUACAUUCUAUGAUGUACAUAAGCGUCUUUAUAUAAUUCACGUAUAUUGUCCUUAUUAUCUGUCUUUCAUCCGUAUAAUUUUGUCGUAAUUGAUAUGACAAAGUUAUUCGUGUUUAAAUAUUAAGAAAAGGGUAUUGAUUGAAGCGAACGCAUUAUUUUACAUUCAUCAUCUCAUCAGUAUACAUGUAUAUGUAAUCGUUUUAUAAAAUUUAUAGAUUUUUUCAACUUUAUAUACAAAGUACAGAAUAUUUGUAUAGUAAGCUGAUUAAAGAUAUAUCUUUUUUUGAUAAGUUUUAUAAUAUAUUUCGUGCCCAAUAAGAAAAAAUUAGUUUUUAGCAAUUUUCAGGAAACAAUUUCCUUUUCUUUUUUUAUUUUUUCUUUGUUUCUUAAUAUUUUUUCUAUUGGAUACGAAAUAUAUUGUGAAACUCAUUGAAGAAGUGUUGCAACAUUUAAUCAUCUGACUGUACAAUGAGUCUUAAUCAGAAUCACUUUGCCGGAAAUCGAUCGUGUAAACUGCAUCAUGAUGAGGAUAAUAG